UCAAGCAAGACAUUUGAGUAUCUAACAUUCAAUUUUACACGAGUAUACCAAACGUUCAAAACUGCUGGUCAUCUCACGUCAAAAACCCCAAAAACAACCCACAAAAACCAAAGAGACCGACCAGCUAACAAGUUCCAUCGCCAGUAAGUUAUGGGGUUGGUCGUUUACUGGUACGAUUUCAUCUGCUUUGGUAUAGUCUUGGCUGCAAUCGUUGCGUCCUUGUGGUUCCUAUUGCGCAGAGAAAGAGGCUGCGUUGACGUUGAAGAUACGACGCACAAUAGCUUCCUACAGUCUAGAUCAGGGUCAGAGAGCCUUGGUUCGGCUCGGUUACGGACGAGCUGCUGGAGAGGGUUACAUCCUGGCUGGCUUCUCUUCACUCGGUCCAUCUCUUUUCUCUCCAUGGCUGCUUUAUUGGCUUGGGACGUCUUGGAAUGGGACGCAAGCAUCUUCGUCUAUUACACUGAAUGGACCUUCAUGCUUGUAAUGAUCUACUUUGCGAUGGGUAUUGUAGCUUCAUUAUAUGGUUGCUUGGAAAAUUACAAAGAGCCAACAUCGGGAGUUUGUGACGAUGCGGUUGGAAACAAGGUCGGAGAUGGUGAAUUCAGGGAAAGAUUAGGGGUUUAUGGUUGUUUCAUGGAGACAAUUUUUCAGGUAAGUGUCAACACACACCCAAGACUGAUUCAUACACGCAUUCAGAGACUAAUAAAUACUGGUGUAUGGUUUUUGUGGCAGACAAGUGCAGGAGCUGUGGUGCUUACAGACGUUGUGUUUUGGCUAGUAAUAGUUCCUUUCCUAUCGAACACCCACCUCGGCUUAAACACGCUGAUGAUUUGCAUGCACACAGCGAAUGCAGGCUUCCUCAUCCUCGACACACUACUAAAUAGCCUCCCGUUCCCUUGGUUUCGAAUGGGAUAUUUUGUGAUAUGGAGUUGUCUCUACAUUGUCUUCCAAUGGAUCAUCCACGCAUGUGGUUUAUUAACUUGGUGGCCAUAUCCAUUCCUCGAGCUUGAUAGGCCAUGGGCUCCACUAUGGUACUUAGGCAUGGCAGUAGUUCACAUCCCCUGCUACGGAGUUUAUGCAGCAAUCGUAACAGCCAAGAACUCAUGCUUCCCCUAUCUAUUCCCAAAUGCAUUUUGUUACUAAUCUAUGCUACUCUUUAUUGUAUAAUUAAAGUUUGAACGUAUGAUUCGCAUCAACUUAGCAAGCAUUAACGAAUCGUGAGAAAAAAAAAAAAAAAAA